AUGGAAGGACGCAUUGGCGUAGCUAUUACCGUACUACUGACGCUUUCGACCGAGUCUGCAGGUGCAAGAGAACAUCUGCCCAGUGUUUCCUAUUUGAAGGCAAUCGAUCUCUGGUUUGGCUUCAUCACAGGGUUUGUAUUCUUUACUUUGCUACAAACUCUUUUCGUCAUCGGCUUCGACAAGAGAGCGAAUCAACUCAAAAAAUGGGCUCUCAAAGGGAAAUCUGAUAUGACCGAGGACCAACGAGAUAUGAUGAUGCAGAAAGCGCAGAGAUACCAUAAAACCGGAAGGUAUUUGGACAAUUUCUGCCGCGUUUUCUAUCCAUUGAGUUUCUUGUUGUUUCUCAUAAUGUAUUAUUUUGUCUUUACCGAGGGACGCCAAGACGACUGCAUCAGUAGGCGCUGA